CUCUACGUGCCCGUGAGUCCCUCGCGAGACCGACGCACCACAUAAAUCUCGCAGUGAUGGCUGCGCCGCCCGAUACGGAGAGUUUGGAGUCUCGUAUCAAUAGAGCCACAAACCCACUGAACAGAGACACAGACUGGAGCAGCAUCCAUGCCUUCUGUGACCAGCUCAACAAUGAUUUGGAGGGACCUCAGCUGGCCACCAGGCUCCUGGCCCACAAGAUCCAGUCUCCACAGGAGUGGGAGGCCAUGCAAGCCCUGCUGGUUCUGGAGGAGUGUAUGAAAAACUGUGGGAAAAGGUUUCACAGUGAAGUGGGCAAGUUCCGUUUUCUCAAUGAACUCAUCAAAGUAGUUUCUCCAAAGUACCUGGGCGCACGGUCCCCAGAACCAGUAAAAAAGAAGGUUUUGGAGUUGAUCUUUAGCUGGACUUUGGGGUUACCUGACGAGGCCAAGAUCUCAGAUGCCUAUCAGAUGCUGAAGAAACAAGGUAUUAUUAAACAAGACCCAGAGCUGCCACCUGACAAACUGCUGAACCUUCCUCCACCCAGACCCAAGAAUGCCAUUUUUGAGGACGAGGAGAAGUCAAAAAUGCUGUCUCGCCUGUUGAACAGCUCGCACCCUGAGGACCUGAAAGCCGCCAACAAACUCAUCAAGGAAAUGGUCCAAGAGGAUCAGAAGCGAGCAGAGAAGGUGUCAAAGCGGGUGAACGCCAUUCAGGAGGUGAAGGAGAGCGUCGCUCUGCUGACUCAGCUCCUGCAGGACUAUGACAGCACCGCCGACAAUCAGAGCAACGCUGAACUCAUACAGGACCUGUACCAGCGCUGUGAGAAAAUGAGACCUACACUGUUCAGGCUGGCAAGUGACACGGAAGACAACGACGAGGCUCUGGCUGAGAUCCUGCAGGCCAACGACAGCCUGACUCAAGUCAUCAACCAGUACAAACAGCAGGUGAAGGGGGAAAUUGUAAACGGCAACAACGCAUUAAACACACAGAAACAAACAGGAGGAGGGACAGCCCUGCUGGAUCUGUCAGGAUUGGACACAUCACCACAGUCGCCUCCAUCCUUCCCAGAGUUCCCCACUCCAACAGACAGCCUCAACGCCCCCUCGCAAGAGAUGGGCAUCAGUCUCCUCGACGACGAGCUCAUGUCACUCGGUUUAAGUGAAGGAACACACACCUCUAACCCUCCAUCACAGCCAGAGGACUCCACAGCCUGGGACUCCUUCCAGUCCUCUGACAGCAUAGACGCAGACAUCCCAGCAGCACCCAGUCUCCUCCUGAGUCCAGACCCACCCUCCUACUCUCAGCCCCUUUCGUCUGGCUCCACUCCUGGGAACUCGGCCCUGGACGAGCUGGACCUGCUGGGGAAGACACUGAUGCAGCAGUCCCUGCCUCCAGAGGGCCUGCAGGUCAAAUGGGACAAGCAACAGUGCAAGCCAACUCUGAGAGAUCUCCAGAGCAAGUCUGGCUCCAACAUUACCCCAAACCCCAUCCCAACCUUCGCUGCUGAACAACCUGCACCUCUCAACUCUCAGCCCGGCCUCGCAGUCACGUUGCUGGACAUGUCCCCGACUCACACUGAGACUCCUGCAGAAGUCACCCUGACUGAUGUUUUUGUACCGUUAGAAUCUAUUAAGCCCAGUAGUCUGUUACCUGUGACUGUGUUUGACGGACACAGUCUGCGGGUUCUCUUUCACUUUGCUCGCGAGUCGCCUCCGUCUCGUCCUGAUGUGCUGGUGGUGAUCAUCUCCAUGUUGUCAUCGGCGCCUGUCCCCGUCAGCAACAUUAACUUCCAGACUGCAGCUCCAAAGUCUAUGGCAGUGAAGCUGCAGCCUCCAUCAGGAACAGAGCUCCCGGCUUUCAACCCCAUCCUUCCUCCUGCUGCUGUCACGCAGAUCCUGCUGCUGGCAAACCCAAACAAGGAGAAAGUGCAGCUGCAGUACACACUAACCUUCACCAUGGGAGAGCAGGAGCACAGCGAGAGCGGCAGUCUAGAACAGUUUCCUCCUCCAGAGACGUGGGGGAACCUAUAGCAUUUAAACAUCCACAACCUGACAGACUCUCUGCUUUCAGACUCCUUCCUCCUCCAACUCUCCAACUCAACACUCUGCAUACGCCUGUUUUUCCUUUUGUAAACAUUGUACUUUCUUUGAUCGGUAUCGAUUAUUUUCCUCAGAUUACGAUCAUGCUCAGUCAGUGUAAUGUGUGUAUGCUUUGCUCUUAAUGAGUCAUGUGUGUCUAGGUCUAGUCUGCUAUGUGGCUGCUUCAAAACAAACUUGCAACAACUUCUCCAAAAGUUGUUGUCAAAGUCUUGUCAUAUUGUUUAACAAACAGCGCUACGAAGGAAGGAAACUCCAUCAAACGUGCAUAUUUGCUCAUUUGAUGUGCUUGAUGUUUUCAGGCGCAAAGUCUGUUUGAAUCAAUUAUCAGUUGCGUUUACCUUCACCUCUGCAUGCUCUUCCAACAUGGGACACCAUGCUUGCAAAAUCCAGCACACCAAGAGAGAAAGGACAACAUUACAUAGAUGCAGCCCAUCUUGUUUGCGAAACAAAAUAUACUUAAUCAGCGUUUGUGGUGUGUAUUUUCUGAUCACUCAUGAUUUCUUUCGCUACGACCGAGUCCACUUUUGAUUUGCACAGAAUGAUUUUUUUGAUUGUACUGUUUUCUUGUCUUCUUUUCCCCAUCUUGUGUAAAAAAAACAAUAUACUGUAACAUAGUUGCGUAUCAUCUGCCAUAUGUGCCUAUUUUGCAGUUGUAACAAUUAACUUUUUGGUGCGUUUGGAUGGAUUUGUUUUUCUCAUCUGUUACACAUCAGUCAUUAGGUCUGCAGUUCGUCUGCAGCUACAUUAUUAACCUUAAAUUCUUAAUAUAUUCAAAACAUUUUCAGUAGGGUAUACGUUACAUUUUGACUAAUCUUUUCUUUAGCUUGUGAUUUAAGUUAAUAUUUCAGCAUUUAUUGGGUAAAACGGAAUAUCAUGCAAACUGAGACGACCCAGGUGCUCUGAGCACAGACACGCAAGUGUCUCAAACAUGUUCAACUUGUUUCUACAGUCCGUGAUGCAUGUCAGCCACGCUGAACACUUCUUCCUCCCCACAGGCUCUCAUUCACAUUCCGCUGCACUUAUCUCCAAUACGACUGCUUUGUAAAUACCAAUAAUGGCAGUCCUGUUAUGUACAUUUGACUUGUGCAAUGUGCAAGAGCAUAACACUGGUAAAAUAUUCCAAAUGGGUAAUAAAGUUUUUUUCUUGGUGA